AUUACGUGUGGCCAAAAUGGCGGAAGGUGGUGGAGAGGAAAAACAGUUUCUGGGGAAAUUAGUGCGAAACCAAACAAAAUAUGGAACAAAUUCACGACUAACACAGAAAAACUCUACCUAUAUCAAACAUUCCAUUGUGAAAGGGGAUACUCUCCAAGGCAUUUCACUCAAAUAUGGAACAACGGUGGAAAAAAUAAAAAGAGAAAACCAACUAUGGACAAAUGAUAGUUUAUUUUUACGAGAGCAUUUAUUAAUACCAGUACUAAAUGAGGAUGUCUCAUCUAUACCGGAACGUUAUGAAACGGUUGUGAUAGACCCAGUGUCUCGGACAAGAUCGUCUAGUCAAAAAUCAAACACAAGUGCUAAAAGUGACGAAAGUGAUAAAAAUGUGCCAAAAGUUUCAUCUUCAUCCUCAUCUUCAAAGGCUGCAGCAAAUGGCGAAUCGGGAAUGGACUUUUUAUCAAAAUAUGACACGUCUAUAGCACAAUUAAAAUCUAAUGUCAACCAGAUGGAAAAAAAUGCAAGGAGCCUUCCCAACAAUUUUAUUGACAAUGAAUUACCAUAUCGACGGAAGUCAUCAUCUCAGCGAUCUGCAAACACCAUAAAUUCUAAUAUACGAAAAAGUUCAUUUGAUAAUGGGCAACUCCCAUCUUUUUACGAUAACGAUGGAUACAGCGGCAGUGAUAAGGACUUGACCAGUUCUCCUGUUCUCAUGAUUAAGUCAAAAAGUUCUACAAAAAUUGUAAAGACAUCAUUGGACCGAAUUGCAAGACAGAAUGAUGAAAUUUUUGAGUUGUGAUAUACGUUUAAUUUAGUUAAUUAUCAGCAAGUAUUGUCAGGCAAAUAUUUUUGGGAUAGAAUAAGUAUUUUAAUAAGAAAAGCAGAAAUAUUUUUCAUUCUUGUGACUCAAAAUGAAUUACACUUACAAUGUAUGUCUCAUUAUCGUAAUCUCUUUUUUUCAAAUUCCUGUUAUCUGAAACUAUUGUAUUUCAAAUUCCUGUUAUCUGAAACUAUUGUAUUUCAAAUUCCUGUUAUCUCAAACUAUUGUAUUUCAAAUACCUGUUAUCUCAAACUAUUGUAAUUCAAAUUCCUGUUACCUAAAAUUAAAAUUUCUGCCCCAAUUGAUAUAUUUACAUUAAAAUUUAAUGCUGAUUCCUCCACAUUCCUGUUAUCUUAAAAUAUUUUUGAAAGUUGAUGGACUGUACUUAAAAUGGACUGUACUUAAACAAGGGUACCGGUGUUCGGGAGUUUGAAGAAUUUUUCAAAUGUGACUGGGUUCAGAUUUACAUUUUCAAUCUUAUCCAGAUUACAUUUUCAAUCUUAUCCCCCUAAAUAUAGUAAAUAUAAUGUAUAAUGGGGGAUUCUGAUUUGAGAAAAGUUUUACAUGGAAUUGUUUAACGUAAAUUCUAGAAUAAAUUGACACAAUGCAAUUUUUCAAAUAGGAGAGUAAAGGGUUAUUUUCAUGCAAAGUGUUUGCAAUUUUCAUUUAACUUGUUUUCGUGCUUGGAGCUUGUUAUUCACUGUGUUUCAUGCAUAUUGAUGGAAAAGCAAGGUCCUAGCUAUUUAAUGUUUUUUGUUCAUCGUUGAAAUGGUCUUUUUGUUUCUAAUUGGGUCCAUGCACAUAUCCCCCUUUACAAACCCCUUCAAAAAUAAGAAUCCAUCAUUAUUCUUAUUUUUUCAGUUUCUUUAUUUUUAUUUAGUCGAAAAUUAAUUUUCCAAAUCCGCAAUUGAUCCUGUUUUUAGCAAUCAAUAUUUUACAAGUUGUUUCCCUUUCGAAGAACUAAAUUUUCAUUGCAAAUGAAGAGCAAGAGGAAAGAGAAAUUUUAUCUGUGUGUAAUCUGUUUUCAAAUCUUUUAAUUUCAUUUAAUCUUUUUUAAAAUAAAUUUUGUCCUAUAACAAUAUUUAUUUUUCAUUAAAUAUUUGUUAAAAUGUCUACCAGUAUAUAUCAUUUUCAACUAAUCAUGUUUUGCAUGAUCAGCAGCAUAUGUGGUUUGGUAUACAGUAGAACCAGUCUAAGAUGGGUAAAGGGACACAACUUGCAUUAAAAAUGUGUAAUAACAGAAUCAAGUCAGUAAUUGUCAAAAAGACUAUUUAUCAAAAAAGAUAAUACUUGCUGGUUUAAUUCUAUCGGGAACAGUGUAUAAUUGUGUUCAUGCUGUUGCAAGAUGUCCAAAUCAAAAACUGUACUGUCUUAAGGGGGAUUUGAAUUAGCACAAAAUGUUUAAAAUGGACCCUUAAGGAUCUGCCAAUGAAAUUUUCAUAAUUAUUAGCACUAAUUAAAUGCAUAAAGCAAAAGAAAAUAUGACAACAAUAUUGAGAAGUGAAUAACAAUUUUUUUUUGAAAAAUGGGAGGGGAGUGUUUCUUUCUUUGAUUUAUAUAUAUUUAUAUGACUUUAAAAGGGACCAUUAAGGAUCUGCCAAUUAUUUCACUUGAAACAUUCCAUAUUGUUUUGGUUUUUGUACUAAUGCUUUGAGAUUUUUUAAUAUGUUUAAUUCCUACUGGAAAAUAUAGCAAAAAUAUUCCCAUUGUCAGAUUAAGAUGAAGAGAUCAGGGGAAGGAACCCCCUUUCUUUUGUAACCUUUUUCCUCCUCCUAUGGCUAUUUUUUUCGUUUACCAAGUUAUUUUUUAACCUGAAGCAAGGGAGACAAUUCAGUUUUUUAUUUGAAGAUUUUUGUUUCAUCAUUCAUGUGUAUAAAUUGUAUAAGCUCUGUGAUAAGUAUGCAUAAUUAUAAAUAUAUAUAUAUAAGUAAUGCAAAUUUUUAUCAUUGAAUGUAAAUAAAACAUGAAUUCAUUGUAAAA